AGUGGUUUCUAAACAAAUCAGGGGAAGAAGAUCCUCAUGAAGUGUGGUCCAUUUUAAGCUGAAGAGGAAUCGUGUCUCUCAUCCUCCUUCAAACACCCACACUCACUCAGUCUGUCCUUUCCACAACAACACCUCGUCAUUGGUCAUCCCUCCUAUUGGAACUUGAAGGGAACUAACAGAGGCAUAGGAAAAACGUAUUUGCUUCAUUCGAACAGCUUCCAGCAUCACCACUUCUAUCAGCCAGAAGGUCACAGCCUGGACGGGCUUUAUCAGUAUGAAGAAGGGACUGCAAUCCGGGGGGCAGACUCCAACGGGACAUCACAGCAUUGUGGACAAAGAGAAGGAGAUGUGGAAAGAGAAGGGGGAUAAAGAAUGGCAGAACAGGAGGGUUGAGAGGAAGCUUCUGGCCUUUUGGAUGUCCCUGUCCCAGGGGAGGUGGAUCCUCUUCAGACCCCGAGACAGACCAGGCUUCCAGCGCUCAGCCUCGGCCGCUCGGCUGCUGAAGAGUGAGGCGUGAUAGGUGAAAGGAGGGAUGUGUGUGUUUGUAUAUGUGUGUGUGCGUGUGUGUGUAGUGAUUAGUGAAGAUCUGUCAGAUGCAAAGGUGUCAGAAGAGGCCAACAGACCUGCAGCAAUUGGACUUAUGUGUUUGUGUGCGUACUCCACUAUAGUGGAUGUAGUGACCCAUGUUCCCACUGAGGAUCUUUGUGAUGCCACCAACACCAAACCUCUAAGGUAGACUUGAAGCGAUCAAAUCAGACCCUUUGUUGCAAAUAUUUAAUCUUAAGAAUGAUGUUUAAGAUCUAAACAGGAAGUGGAGUUUUACCCCUGAGUCCAAGUCUCAGAACAGAGCUGAACCUUUAGGUGGUGAUGGGUUCAUACUUAAAGCUAUGGUGGUGACAUAUCGGGCCCUGGAGCUCCGGUUACAGGGAAAGAAGCUGAGGGGCUUCACCUGCAAACUGACUCGCUCAGGCCUCAGCUUUCUACCAGAAAACUCAUGGAUCAUUGAGAAACAGGUCCUACUCCCUUAUCUGGUGUCUGGACUGGGAAUGGUGGCAGCCAGGAUGGUCAUGGACAUAGUGCAACACUGGGAGGUGUUCCAGGAGAUCUCUGAGGUGUUUAUCUUGGUGCCAGCUCUGGUGGGGCUGAAGGGAAAUCUAGAGAUGACACUGGCAUCCAGGCUGUCAACAGCAGCGAACACCGGGCAGCUGGACGAAGCCCAGCAGCGGUGGAGAAUGGUGAUCUGUAACAUGGCCCUGAUUCAGGUGCAGGCUACAGUUGUGGGCUUCCUGGCAGCCAUAGCUGCUUUGGUUCUGGGUUCUCUGACCAGGGCAAGGGUCGAUGGUAUGCAGGCUGCCAUCCUGUGUGCCAGCAGCAUCACCACAGCCUUCAUUGCUGCACUUGCUCUAGGUUUGGUGGUGGUGGUGGUGAUUAUUGGCUCUAGAAAGGUUGGAGUCAACCCAGAUAACGUGGCCACGCCCAUUGCUGCCAGUCUCGGUGACCUAAUCACCCUGUCCCUGCUCGCUGGUGUCAGCAGCUUCUUCUUUACCUACAGAGACAGGUGGUACCUUCCCUCAGUGGUGUGUGGCUUUUUCCUGCUCCUUAUCCCUGUGUGGGUCAUCGCUGCCAGACGCAGUCCACCAAUCAGAGAGGUCCUAAAUUCGGGCUGGCAGCCAGUUAUUUUGGCCAUGUCUAUCAGCAGUAUCGGAGGUCUGAUUCUGGAUAAAACUGUGAGCAAUCCCAACUUUGAAGGCAUGGCUGUGUUCACACCAAUCAUCAACGGUGUUGGAGGAAAUCUCGUGGCCAUCCAGGCAAGCAGGAUGUCUACGUACCUCCAUUACUGGAGCGUUCCUGGAGCUUUUCCGCUCCAAAUGAGAACAAACUGUCCUGGGCCCUGCGUCACCUUCUUUUCCUCAGAUGUGAACUCUAAAUCUGCCAGAGUACUGGUCACCCUUGUCGUGCCGGGUCACUUCCUCUUCCUGUACACUGUCCAGCUACUGCAGGGAGGACACACCCCUUUGACGCCUACCUUCAUCUUCUGCUACCUGUGUGCAGCUCUGCUUCAGGUGGUGAUUCUGCUCUACUCUGCCACCCUGAUGGUCCGCUGGCUGUGGAGGAGGAGCUUGGACCCAGACAACUACUCCAUCCCUUACCUCACAGCUCUGGGGGACCUGCUGGGCACGGGUUUCUUGGCCCUGACCUUCAGACUCCUCACCAUGGGCAGCUCUAACCAGACUGGACUUUGAGCUUUUAUUGUGCAGAAUUUCAGCACCAGUUUCUCCCAUCAGGCUGAAGGAUACAGCUUGAAGGACAAUGAUACAAAAUCAAAGCAUAUUAUGCUUCAUUAAAGAGGGAAAAAAAAAAGCUUAUGAAAGGUAUUUAAAAAAAAUAAAUUUCCUAUUCCCACUUUCUUACUUGAUUAGGUGAUCUUUAGUGAACUAAUGUAUGUAUGGAUGGCCUUUACCUGGUCUUUAGAGAGCUGCAGGGCAUGCUGAAAUGAAGCACGGUGGUGGCAGUAUCAUUCUAUGAGGAGGUUUAUAAGAGCAGAGCUUGGAAAACUUAUUUUCCAGAGAUAAGACACCAAACACACUGCUACUACUGGUUAAACUAAGCAACUGCAGAGUAAUGAAGACCAACAGAACCAAUAUGAGGUCCAAAGGCUGCGGAGUGUUAUGGCUUAAUGAGUUAGAAUAGAUUUACCAAAGCAUAUGCAGGAAAGGUACAUACAAAAUUCAACUUCACACGCUUAUUCAAAAUAUAUUACAUUUUGAAUGAAGUCUGUGUGCAUUUACAAUUUAAGUGCUUUAGAGUAACAGAUAGCAGAUAAGCUUAAAUAGAUGAGGCCUUCUAUUUGAUAUCUUACCAUGAGUAGUUGCAUGGCUAAUAACCAAGCACAAAGAACAACAUAUAAAUAUUUAUUUUAGUUUGGGUAAAUUCACCAGUUUUUCUUCCUGCUCCUUUUAUCACCGCAUGUCAAGAAUCAGAGCAAUUAGCUCUGUAUAAACACACAUCAAUGCAUUUGUACAGCUAUUAGGGUAGAUGCUUUUUUUAUGACCAAAGGACACUACUGAGUGCUGAAUGCCGACAUAAACCAGAUGCUGGCCUCCAUGACCUUUUCAGUGUUUGUCUUGGGUAGAUGUGUGCCUUGGUCAAAGUUCUGCUGUGUGCCGUCGCUUGGCGUGAACUCGUCUGUGUGUGUCUCUGUUUGUCUGGAUCUUUUUUUAUUUUGUUUCUUUGAAAUGCAUGCAGAUCUGCAUUUGUAAAACUUGGAUCAGUUAAAUAAAACAUGUAGGAGAAGUGA